AGCAGAAGAAGAAGAAGGACCUGCGUUUACGUGCCCCCUCCCUGAACAGCAGAGGCUCCAUUUUGUUUGAUUUCUGCGGUCACUGUCGACAGCCUGCGAGGAAAACACCACUUCAAUCCUAAAAGCAGCCGCGUCACCGUCUGGUCGCGAGGCCCCACAGUUAGCUUGCUAACAGAGACAACACAGAUUGCGUCACCAACGACAUCAACAAUGAGCGGAUGUCGCAUUUUCAUCGGCCGAUUGAGUCCUUCGGCCAGAGAGAAGGAUGUGGAGAGAUUCUUCAAAGGAUAUGGCCGCAUCCGAGACAUCGACCUCAAGAGAGGCUUCGGGUUUGUGGAGUUUGACGACCCCAGAGAUGCUGAAGACGCUGUUUAUGAGCUUGAUGGCAAAGAGCUGUGCAAUGAAAGGGUGACCAUUGAGCACGCCCGCGUACGUCUGCGUGGCGGCCGUGGUAGAGGAGGUGGUGGUGGCGGCGGCGGUGGCGGCGGCGGCAGUGCAGGAGGCCGCUUCUCUGAUCGCUAUGGCCGCGGCUCCCAGAACAGUCGGAGCCGAAACCCUCCGCCGAUGCGCACUGAGAACCGCCUGAUCGUAGAGAACUUGUCCUCUCGAGUCAGCUGGCAGGAUCUGAAAGAUUUCAUGAGACAAGCUGGAGAGGUGACAUUUGCAGACGCACACCGGCCCAAGCUCAACGAAGGAGUCGUUGAGUUUGCUUCUGGCAGCGAUCUGAAAAACGCCAUGGACAAACUGUCUGGAAAGGAAAUCAAUGGCAGGAAAAUCAAGCUCAUUGAGGCAGCCAGGAAGAGGUCGAGAAGUCGUUCCCGGUCUGAGAGUUCCUCUCGCUCGCGGUCCCGCUCUCGCGGUCGCUCUCCAUCUCGCUCCCCCAGGCGUUCCCGCAGCCCCGCCCACAAGGCCCACAACCGCUCCCGCUCCCGCUCCCGCUCCCCCAGCGGGUCCCCCGUCGGCGCCGCCUCCUCCCCGUCCUCCAAAUCGAAGGAGGCCGCCAAACGGUCGUCCAAGACGAGCAAGUCCGCCACCCCGCCCUCCUCUCCGCCCGCCCAGAGAGCCCCCGUGUCCCGCUCUCGUUCCCGCUCUCGUUCCCGCUCCCGCUCUCGCUCCCCUUCUACCGACAGCCAGCGCUAAACACUGCGUUUUAAGUUUAAUGGAAAUCAGCAGUAGAAACGACUUGAUUCAGCAGGAUCUGGAGCUCCCAUGACCUCUCCUGAACAGAGACAAGAGCUUUUCUCAAGUUUUUUUUUUUUUUUUUUUUUUCCCCCUCCUGUCUGGAUCAUCAUAAUUAUCCAUGAAGCUUUUCACAUUUAAAACACCGACGCAUUGACAGACAGGAACAAUUAUAUUCAUUCAUAUAUUUAAUUGCAAUUAUAGGGCGUUAAAAAUUAAAUACCGUAAAUGGAAGACAUUUGUUUCACAGUGAUGCUGUUUGUGUCCCCCGUCAUCCUCAUAUGUUUACGCCCAGUUCAUCCAUCGAGGCUGCAGGUCCUCUUCUGCUGCACCGUUGUUUCUCCUCACACGUCCCGAGUGAACCAGCGUCAAGUGUCACUGUUAUUGGGUCUGUCAAUUUAGCAAUCCACACACACUACACACUCAAAACUUUGAAGAGGGAAUCUGUAUUUUCUUGGCAGUACUGCGAC